AUGAUCGCGGACGAUGCCCGCAGAAUGGAGGAGUACUGGGCUGAGAAGGAUGCUGAGGAGGAAGCUGCCCGACAAGCUGCCCGUGCUGCUCGUGAGUGGGAUGACUGGGCUACGCACUCCGAACUCUCAGAGCCUACGGCGAAAGAGAAGCGACGACGAAUGACUGUCACAGUGGCAGGGGAUGGGCCGUGUUCGAGUACGUCGUCGCAUCAAAUUCCCCUUCCCGAUGGCUGGGUGACAGUGACCUUGGCCAUACCGCCCUCAGCAGCCACACCUGAGACCCAGGUCUGGCCACCUGGUGCCCUACGACCUAGUACGGGAAAUGAAGGAGUGGCCCUGUCGCAGUCCCAGCAGGCCGACUUGGGGAGUGGAGGACCACAUGAUGACGGACGUGGACUGGAGGCCUGGCUGUCGCAACCGUCGCCGUUGCCGUCGCUACCGGAAGGGGAUGGUGAGCAGGGAAAUGGUGGGGACUAA